GAGAGCUGAGUCAUCUGUCAUUUAAAUGAUGCGCAUUUAUUCGAGUUACAUUUUAUAACCAAAUGUGAUUUACAGACAAGUAAUCGACAGCUAUUUGAAUUUUUUUGUAAUUACCUUUUGUAUUGCCAUUCACAUACCCAUGGCGAUCAUAUGUCAGAACUUCCAAUUAAUGAUGCAAAGUAUAAAUACGUGUUAAUUCCCAAAAUAAAAUUAUAUAACGAAAAUAGUUCACAAUCGCAAUGUCUGAAGACGAAAUUUUAACAACACUGAAGAUUCUGAUUAUUGGCGAAAGUGGAGUAGGAAAAUCUAGCCUAUUGCUUAGGUUUACCGAAGACAAUUUCGAUGAAGAUCAAUCCUUAACAAUUGGCGUAGAUUUCAAAACGAAAAAAAUCACUAUUGACGGAUCUGUCAUAAAAUUAGCUAUAUGGGACACUGCAGGACAGGAACGUUUCAGAACACUUACACCUAGCUAUUACAGAGAUGCGCAGGGAGCUAUAUUAGUAUAUGAUGUUUCCAAUAAGAAUUCAUUCAACAAAAUGCAAGAAUGGUUGAGCGAACUGGAUACCUAUAGUACGAGACCCAAUCUUGUCAAAAUGUUAGUGGGGAACAAAAUUGAUAAAGAGCCCAGGGAAGUGUCUCGUGAAGAAGGUUUGAAGUUUGCACGAAGACACAAAACAUUAUUCAUUGAAGCAAGUGCAAAAACAUGUACGGGCGUACAAUGUGCUUUUGAAGAGUUAGUUCAUAAAAUUAUCCAGACUCCUGGUUUAUGGGAAGAGCUUUCUGCAGGUCGUUUACAUUUAACAAACAAUCAAGAACAUGGGAGUGGUACAUGUUCUGGUUAUAAUUGUACCACUAUUUAACGACUGCGUGCUAUUUAUCAUAUUUGUUUUAAAUAUUUGUGUACUUUUACAUAUUA